UCUGAAAUAUUCUAACAAAUUAACAAAAAAGUCGGUUUUUUUUUGGUAUUUCUGAAGAACUCGAUAACUGUUAACGAUGAUCACUGAAAACGAAACCCCGGAUGAUGCGCCAAAAAAAGCGCUAAUUUAUAUUUGUGGAGGUAAAUAAUAAAUUAUAACUUUAUAUUGUACCUACAUAACAUUAAACAUUUACUUAAUUUUUUGUUGUAUGUUUGUUUGACUACAGCAUGCCAAGCUGAAAACGAGAUGAAACCAAAGGAUCCUAUUCGAUGCAGAGAAUGUGGUUACCGAAUCAUGUACAAGAAAAGGACAAAAAGAUGUAUCCUUUUCAUGUUGAAAAUCAUGGUUUUGACAUUAAUAAUAAUAUGACUGUGUUAUAAUAGUAAUGGAGAUGCUUGUACUAUAAUAUUUAAAAAUCAGACUAUAGUUGACAAUAAACUAGGUAAUUAAAUUAAAUAGUAAACAAUAUAAAUAUUCUAUUCAAUACAUUAAAAGGAUAUUCACACAAACAUUUGUUGUCUCCAUCUUACAAAUGCACAAUUUAGCAGAACUAGUUUUGAGCUGUUUUAAUACUACAAUGAAUUGUCCUAUUAACAAACUUAAAGAAAAGAACAUUAUUCUUGUUUAUGGCUUUUUGUUAUUUUACCUUAUAAAUGAGAUAUAUGUGAAAUACAGGAUGGAGAGGCAGCGAAAAUAUUAUGUGUAUUAUACAUUUACAACUCACUUUUCCUAAUAAUUUUUGAUGCGUGAUCUCCAUUAAAUUCAUCAAAUUUUUAUGUGGUACACACCAUUAUAGCAUAAACUAUAAAGUGUAGGUAUAAUGAUUUAUAGUUUAUAUCUUUACCUCAUAAGAGCAAUAUCAAUAAAAAGUAGCUAGUAUCUUGUCUAUCGCCCUUUUAUUAUUAUUUUUUUUCAUCAUUUAAAAGAAUAUAAGUAUUUUGAUAAUAUAUCAUUUCUUUAGAAGUGAUAUAUUAUCCAUCAUGGAACGAAUAAAAGUACACUACUCAUUAAAGUGAUUAUGUAUAUAAACAUAAAUACAGGCCCAGUGAUCCACCUAUUGCUCACUCUGAAACCACCAGUGGUGAAAUAUCACAACUUAAAAAUGUUUAUGUCUCGCUUAAAAAUUAAAAUAUCACGAAAUAAAACUAAGUAGAAAUGCAAAUAAUGUUUUUACCUUUGAGUUUAAUAAUAAUUGGUCAAUUCACUCUAAUAUUAAAACUUAAAUUAGAAAAUUAAAGAAAAAGUCACAAUGCAAGUUUGCUAUAUUGUGUAUUUGUAAGACAACAAAUACAUGAAUUUUCUCUUAAUAGGCAGGUAGGUGUUAAUUUGCUAUCAACAUACUGAAGUAAAGAACCUAGUCAAAUAUUCAUUAAUUGUUUUAUAACAAAACAUUUUUAUGCUAUGAACAAAAAUUAUAAAAAUUGUUUUCAUUUCAAUUUUAAAACUAUAUUCUAAGCCCAUAUUUUUAUUUAUUAAGAAAAUGUAUAUGCAUUGUUCGCUUUACUAUUUUUAUUUGAUUUGGUAAUUGGUGUACAUCUAAAAUUUCUGAAAUCUAUUUUACAUUUUUUCUGUUGUUUAUACCAAACAAGUGUGAAACAAAAUUGGUUGUAUUAUUUCAUUUUCUAAGUUUUAAAACUAGUUUUAUAAUAUUUAGCUUGUAUUUCUUUUAACAAAUACUAAGUUGUAAUAUAUUAUUAAAAAUUAAAUUUUGUUCACACAAAAUGAACAAUGGUUUUCCAUUAUGUGUUUAAUCGUAUUAUAUUGGUUGGCUUUUUUUAUACAUAUUUUAUGGUUUACAUAAAUUAUAAGUUAUUGAUUUCUUUGAAGUUAUUUUCAUUGAUGUAAAAUAUUUUAACAUUUUCUUUUUAAAGGUUCAUUAAAUAUUUAUUUCUAACAUAAAUCGCCCUAUGAAUGUAAUUACUUCAUCAAUGUAUAGAAUAUAUAAUCAUACAAAUUAUAAAAUAGAUACCUAACUAUUUAUGAAAUUAAAUUACACCAGUUAUUUUCUUCAAAAGCACAGCCUUUGUGUUUAUUGUGUAUAUAUUGUUUGGUAAUUAAUUAACUUUGUAUUCACAUGUUAUGUUUAUACAGUGUAGUUUUCUAAAAAACUCAAUACUUUUUAUUGAACAUAUUUUUUUAGGAAUUUUCUAAAUACAAACAACAAAUCCUUAAAUGUUUUAAUAAUCAUCAUUUCCACAUUUUUGAUUAUCCUAACAUUGUUGAUUUAUAAUUAACACCCACCUAUUUAAAUUGAAUAUUCUAAAAUAAUAAUUAUUUUAACAAAAUGUGUAAAUAGUAAAGCUACAUUAAAUUUAAAAAAAAAAAAAAAAUGAAAAUAAUUCAUAUAUGUUAAAUACAAUGAGAUCUAUUAUUUAAGUCUUUAAUGUUGCCGUGUAAAUAAUGUUAUAUAAAAUUAAUAAAAAUAAUAAGUUGUCAUAAAACAAGAAUUUCUCUAAAUCAAAAUAUAAUUAUAAUAUUUUAAAUAAUUAAUGUAUGUAUCACAAUUAUCAAAUACAGAUUAUCAUUUGUGAAACAAAAUAUUAUUAUAAUUAAUUGUAUAAUAGCACUGAGAAUACCAAAUGUAAAUAGUAAAAUAUUCAGUUUAGGUACUUAAUUGUAUAAAAUGGUAAACAUUGAAGUGAUACUCAGUGUUUUUCUUUUUAUUAUUUGUGCUUUAAAAACACCUUAUCUUCUAGAAUAUAAAAGAUUUUAGUCUAAAACUUUAUUUAGAAUUAUAUAUUUAUGAAAAAAAAAAAUAGAAUAUGAAAUAGUAUAAUUUAUAAUAUUUAUAUACCUGUAUUUAUACAGUGCGAUUUUUUUUUUUAUUGUGAACCAUCAAUUAUCUCUGAGAAUUUUAAGUAAAUUUCAUUUAUGUUUUUUUCUAAUCAUUAUAGAAUCGUUUCCAAUUCCAGAAAAAAUAGAAAUCGCGAAUUGGCUUAAAAUCCUAUGAGAUAACUACUGGUCAAUGAUAAAAAAAAAUCACUCUGUAUACUUAGAGCUUUUGAUGAAUCAAAAAAUAAUAACAAUACAAUAAUUGUUAUUUUUAAAAUUGCUUAGUUUGAGUUAAAUAUUUAAUAUAUUUAAUAGUUAAAUGUUACAGACAGGUUAUUACCUGUCUGUAACUUAUUUGAAUUAAAUUACAUUGUAUUGUUUUAAACUAAUGUAAAUAAUUUAAUAUCACUUUCCUUAAUUAAAUAUUUUUAGUGGUCGUUUUUAAUGCAAGAUGAAUAUUAUCCAACAGUAUGAAGUUGUACAGCAAUAAUGAUGGUGAAAAAUACAUUUUUUUUUUUUUUAAUCUUCCAUUUUACAAUAAAAUGUAUCAUUAUGUCCAUUAGUGAAUAAAGUGUUUUCAAGUUUAUUAAUAAUACAUGCAGUUUUAAUUUAUAAACAAAUUAAAUAUAAUUAUAUAAUAAU